AGUUGUCACUGUCACCCAUAUCCCAUAUUUACAAAAUCUGUUUGAUAAAUGGGAAAUUUUGUUUUUAAAGUUGCUUUUUAUCUGUUUUUAUUAAACUUUGCGUGAAAAUGAGUACAGCUACAACCAGCUUUGCCGAACAACAAAAAGAACGGAUGAAGAAACUCCGUGAACUUCACAGAUUGAGAAACGAAGCGAGAACACAUAACCAUCAGGAAGUUAUUGCGGAAGAUGCAAGAAAUAAGAUGCCUCAGAAUUGGGAGGCUCGAAAGCGUAGAGCGGAGUGGAUUUUAAACGAUCAAAAAGAUCGCGAAGAAGCCAGUCAAAAGGGUGAAGAUUAUGAUCGAUUAAAAUUGUUGAAUGUAACUGCAUUGGACGCAGAUAGGUUAGAGAAGAAGAAAAAGAAAAAGAACCCUGACACUGGGUUUUCCGAUUUUGAAGCUGCUACAGUUCGACAAUAUAAUCGGUUAGUCAAGACUAUGGCUCCAAAAGAUAUGGAAAGAUAUGAGGAGCAAAAGGAGAAGUACGGAGAUGCUUUUUAUGCAGGUCCAAAUACAAUUGUUCACGGUUUACAUGAAGAUCGUCCAGAGGCUGUUGAUAAUUUGGUUAAAAGUGUUGAAGAUCAAAUUGCCAAAAGAAGCAAAUAUUCAAGAAGGAGAAUGCAUAACGAUGAUGCAGAUAUCGACUACAUUAACGAGAGAAACUCCAAGUUUAAUAAGAAACUGGAUAGGUUUUAUGGAGAACAUACAGCAGAGAUUAAACAAAAUCUUGAAAGGGGAACCGCUGUUUAGACACACAUUUUUAUUCUUUGUUACUAUUUUCUGUAAGUGUGAUUUAUAAUAUAAUUUUAUGCUUAUUUAU